AUGUUCCGAGGUCGCAUAAUCGCUGGGGUCCUCGCGACUGCCAUCGUUUUUCUUUGGUUUUAUGCUCUUUGGAGGCUUUCUUCUGUGCAACCGCAGUUUCAAAUUCGUAUUCAAGAUCGUCUGAAAGAAUCGCACACCGUGGGCUGUGGAAAUGCAGCGGCGCCCAACCAAUUCUUAUGGGAGGACCAGGUCAUUCCUAGCAAAGAUCUUGUCUGGGUAGACUGUGUUCCGGGGCGCCAAUGCGCACGUCUGGCUGUACCUUUGAACUAUUCCGACCCAGAAGGCGAACAAGCAGUCAUCGCUUUGAUCCGCAAGCCCGCUUUGGUCCCAAAAUCGUCGAAGUUCUACCGUGGGCCCGUUCUCUUCAACCCAGGAGGGCCCGGUUUCAGCGGUGUGGACUUGAUCGUGCAGAUGGGAGAUUUAUUCGCCAGCAUCCUUGGUCCUCAGUUUGACAUUGUUGGCUUUGACUCAAGAGGCGUUGGCCGCUCCUUUCCGCGCGCAUCAUUCUUCAAGACUGACGUUGAGCGUGCUCUAUGGGGACCUACUAUCCUCAGCAUGCUCGGAACCGUAUCGAACAACUCGUACGAAGGGAUAGCGCGAACAUGGGCGUCUGCAAGAUUACUCGGGCAGCUUGCUGCAGAGAACGAUGAUGGAUAUUUGAAGCAUAUCAACACAGAUCAGACUGCCCGUGACAUGCUGCGCAUAGUCGAGGCCCAUGGAAGGGAGAAGAUCCAGUAUUGGGGUUUUUCCUACGGUUCCGUCCUCGGUGCCACCUUUGCUGCGAUGUUCCCUGACAAAGUAGAGCGACUGGUGCUUGACGGAGUCUUGGAUGCUGAGAAUUACUACGCAACUCUGUGGUCAAACAACCUCCUCGACACCAACAAAGGCUUAGACCAAUUCUUCUCCGGGUGUGCAGAGGCCGGUCCGCUCAGCUGUGCCUUCUGGGCUCCAACCGCAGAUGACGUCCGCCAAAAUUUCACUAAUCUAAUCAAGUCCAUUCGGGCGCGUCCGCUGCCUGUAAGGACGGACCUCAACUAUGGCAUCUUGGAUUACAACUCCGUCCGCCUGGCAAUAUUCAUAUGCCUCUAUGCUCCGUACCACUUCUUCCAGUUCCUUGCUCAGGGACUCGCCGAACUGGCCGCUGGUGAUGGCGGACGUCUCCUCGAGUUUGUCAAAGCCCCUCCUUUCCAGUGUUCUUGCGAUCCCUCAGAGCAUCUUUACGACGUAGUCUGGGACGCGCAGACUGCCAUUUUGUGCAACGAUGGCGACGAUAUUCCUGAUGAUUUAAAGUCUACGCAGGAAUACUUCGAACGGAUGGCAAACACAUCAAGCUGGGCUGACGUAUGGUCUCCCAUUAGGCUGAGUUGUGUUGGAUGGCCCAAGUUCCCCAAGGAUCACUUCCAAGGUCCCUUUGACUCCAAUACCAGUCAUCCGAUUCUCCUGGUCGGAAACACGGCUGACCCUGUCACUCCGCUGGCGUCGGCGAAGAAGAUGUCCCAUUUCUUUAACGGUUCGGUCGUUCUUACUCAGGAUUCCCCAGGGCAUUGCUCAUACUCUUCACCUUCCGUUUGCACGCAAAAAUACAUCCGAGACUAUUUUGUUCAUGGAACCUUACCUGAACCUGGGACCGUCUGCAGUCCUAUCGGCAAGCCCUUCCCCCCAUUGCCGGUAUCGUCGGACACCCAGGUCCCGUUUGUGGCGGAAGAGGACAAGGAACUGUUCAAAGCAGUCGAGCAACUCAGCAAGAUCCCUUUUAUUCCCUUCCCAUUGAGAAUGUAG